AUGGACACAGAUCAUAAUGACAAUAUUGCACAGAAAAAAAUUGAGGAUGUAAAAAAAAAUGAAAUUGUACAACCUGUUCAAAAACAAAUAGAUGAGUUUAAAUCACACUAUUUGCAACAUUUUGAUCCAAUCUGUUGUUUGGGAAAAGGAGGUUUCGGGAUUGUAUUUGCGGCUAAAGAUAAAUUAAUUGACAAAAAUUAUGCUAUUAAAAGGAUACCUUUUCCAUAG